AGUCCCUGGGCCCAGUUGGUCUUUGGAAAAAAAUAGCACUUAUUAUUAUUAUUAAAUGCCGCGCGGGAAACAACGAAAACGUUUUACGGAUGCCAAAAGCGACGAAACCCAAAAAAAAAUAAAUAAAUAUAGACCCAAAGAAAUUAUAAGCAACCAAUAGCAAUUACUUUCUAAGUCUUUUAAUUUCCCGCAAAAUUUUCCAUCAGUGCCAAUUUAAAUCGCGUGCGCGUUCCAUUCUCCUUCGAUAAACAAGUGUUCCAACAAUAAAUUGCAGCAAUAGACCUACACUAGCACCAGCCAACAAUCUUUCCUUAGUCUAUGUGAUAAUUUUUAAAAACAAAAAACAAAGCAAAUCAAGUGAUAAAAACCAAACUCAGAUAAAAUUAACCAAAAACGAAAAAAACAAAAAAACGGAACCAACAUUUAAGUGUGGCCAAGACGAGAACUUUUCUUUUGAAUGGUUUGCGAAAGUGUUGCACUUGAUAUCAAAAUGCAGUUGAAGAUGGAAACGCAGACGCCAACGCAACAGCAGCAACAGCAACAACAACAACUACAGCAACAACAGCAGCAGCAGCAAGUCCUAACAAAACAUCAGUUGCAUUUGCUGGAUAAUCUCAAGAUUGAGACCAGCGGCGGAGCCGAGCAAUUAACACAGGCAAUUGAGUCCAGCAAUUUGGAGGAGUCUCAGGAGCAACAGACACCCACAACAGUUGUAGUACAGACGAGUCAAGCCAGUGCCUCAGAAUCGGAUGUAGAGCAUCAUCAAUAUGUUGUUGUGGCACGAACCCAGCGACGUAUCCUAACCACAGCGGGUACUCUUGAGUUGAAUGAGGCUAGAGAGGGAGAACCAAAUACGAAUGUUAGUAGUGCCAGCUCGGCAUCAGCUCCAGAGUCGACUAUUGAGUAUCAACGCAAUUCGCUUCAUUCGCCAGCGCAUUACGUCCAGAUGGCUCCGCGGAAUCCAGAGGUGGGCGAGCAGGUGGCUGUGAGUGGAACUGCGGCCACGUCCGGACUUUAUGCCUAUUCUUCGGGUCAUAUUAUAUGCAGCAGUGAUGAUGUGACUGCCAUUAAGAUAGAGAAGGCUGAAUUGACGGGCAGUCAGGAUUCCCAGCAGCAAUUGCAACAACAUCAACAACAGCAACAAUGCCCCACACCAAAUGGCGGAACUAGCUAUGGUGAGCCUAUUGUCCUUAGCGAGGGUGAGAACCUCCAUCAGCAACAUCUUCUUGAACAAAGACAACAACAGCAACAGCAGCAACAACAACAAGCUGCUGCCAUAGCAGCAGCAACAGCAGCUGCCCACAUUUCGUCUGCUCCCCAUGGUAGCGGUAUCCGCUUUGUUAACGAAGAAGGGCGUUAUGUAAAUUCCGCUGGUGGCGAAGCAGGCGGAGCAAAUCUCUUCUAUGAACACCCUGUGGUCGAUGCCAGUGUCCAUGCCAAUGAGUCCAAGACCUAUGCCGAUCUGGGCAAUGCCUAUCCAUCCUUUGUGCCCAGCUCCAGUUUUCCCAGCAGCAAUAGCUUUGUGCCCGCUCUUCAGGGCAAUGCCAUCUAUAGUGUAACCAGUACGCCUACAUUUUUAACCAAAUCGGAUCCCAAUUUGAAUAUGCGCCAGCCGGCUUCUACAACAUACCAACCCAUUUCGUAUCUUGAAGCCACUGCCACCAAUGAACCAGCGAUAUGGUCUACAACCGGCCCGGAGUAUGCCAGUGUACCAUACUCCAACUUUCAUUCGCAGGUUAUCGAUGACUAUGGCAAUCCAAGCAAUAUGCCAUCUGGGCAUUGGACAUCGACAGCAACCAUUGGUCAAUAUGAUCCCACAAUGGUGGCAGCCAGCGCUGGCUCACCCUCCACUGUGCAUAGCCUGGCCGAGCUGAAGUGCGAGGGAUGCCAAUCGCCAUUAGUGCGGAAAGGACAUAAUACCGCAUUCUGUCCCAGCUGCACAUAUAUGCCAAUGCCACCUCGAGUAGCUCCUCGCCAGGCUAAGCCCAAGGUGCCCGCUGCUCCCAAUAAUCGACGAAACGGGGUUACUUGCGCCAACUGCUCGACCAAUUCGACCACACUGUGGCGACGUAAUAAUGAGGGGAAUCCCGUAUGCAAUGCCUGUGGACUGUACUAUAAACUCCACAAUAUGAAUCGUCCACUUUCCAUGAAGAAGGAGGGUAUUCAAAAGCGUAAACGUAAGCCAAAGAAUAAUGGUGGAGCUCCCAUGCAUCGCGCUUUACCAAGCAUGCAACAGGGAGUCAGUAUGAUGGUAAAUAGCGGCCCACUCUAUCCGUCUCAGGUGAGUUUAUUGAAUGCCCAGCAGAAUGCCAGUCCCGAACUUCAAGAUAUGUCAACAACGGGGCCUUCUGGCAAUGCUGGCACAACGCGUGUGGUUGCAAUAUCAUUAAGUGGUCCGCCACCACCCACUUCAGAGGGUACUUUAAAUAUGACGCGCCAUCAUGUCACAAGCGAGAGUCAUUCACCUUACAGUCAGCAGCAGCAGCAGCAACAGCAGCAGCAACAGCAACAGCAGCAGCAACAACAACAGCAGUCACCAGUCCAGAGUCAAUCGCCUCACCUGUCCACUGCAGCGACACUUAAUAGACAGAUUGUUCAACCGAUUCCUGCCAUAGAAAGUGGUCGUGGCUCCAAUAGCGAACUUACACCCAGCGUCAUAACUCGCACUGGAUUGCCGGAACGUUCAUCGAAUAAUUAAGUCGAAACUUCUAAUGAAGUAACUAAAUGUAACCAAAUUUCCAAAAUUGCCAAAAUAAUUAAUAUAGUUUUAUAUAUAUAAGUAGAGUGCCAACGAACGUCUCUUUAAGUGCCACUUAGUCAUGCCAAUAUUAGGAAAAACAAAACAAAAUUAUCAAUUCCAAUUAUUUGCCCUUUCCUAUUUUAACUUAUUAUAUUUUUCUUUAUUUCAAUGUUCCUUUCACUGAGUAAAUAUCGUCGAGCCUUGCCCCUUAGUCUACUUAAACUACAAAUUAUUUGAAAUGAUUUGUCUAUCCCAUAUAUGCAUAAUCGACGUUAGAGUUUAGUUUAGCGAAAGAACCUACGAUUUUGUAUGUACUUUAAGUUUUUGAUAUAUACAUUCAUAUACAUAUCUAGGUAAAAACAAAAAAAAAAC